AUGUCUAUCAAAGUAGACAUCCCAAAGUCCGAACAGUCACGUGCAGACGGCAAUAUAUCUUUCAAAAAAGGCAAAUGGGCCGAAGCUAUCGGACACUAUACGAAUGCGGUUAUAUACAACCCCCAAGAUCCUGUUGCAUACUGUAACAGAGCACAAGCGUACCUCAAGCUCGACAAGUUUCAGGAUGCGGAGAGGGACUGUACGAGCGCACUCGAUCUGCCAAAGGGGAAAGGAAACAUCAAGGCUCUUUACAGACGGGGUCUUGCUAGAAAAGGUCUGCAGAGGAAUGCCGAGGCUAUCGAAGAUAUGGAGGCGAUUUGGAAGCUGGAUCGAAAGAAUGAAGCUGUCAAGACAGAGCUGGAAGAGCUGAGAGUUUUGUGGAGAAAGCAGGACGAAGAGCUGAAAAAACCUCCACGGAGACCUCUGAACCCACUCUCUCUUCCCAAACCCACUCCAUCAUCCCAACCCAUCGCCGACCUCACAUCCCAAACGCAAAAACUCGACAUUGCUCCCAAACCCGCGCCUGCUCGAGAAUCCCUUGAACCAACGGGUCCAAAGAAGGAGAACUCGUUUGCAGCUAUACGGAAGAACAGAGACGGGAAAAAGAUGUCUUUUGCAUCGUCCAGUAAUGGAAGUGGUCCGGGAACGAACGGGACUGUCCAGGAGAAGGAGGGAGGAGAUCGGGACAAGAAGGAAGAGGCCAUACAAUCUGCUCUCCACGGCAUAUUCCCUCCCUCCAAACCCAACUCAUCGCCUGCAGCCCAACAAGGAGCACCCAAAGGCCCACUGGUCCAGCCCGCCGAAACCAAAACCGUCCCUGCUCUAUCAAAGAACAUUGACACCACCUCGACCUCCCCCGGGGCUGGUCUCGUACUCUUACGUCACUUUACUCCUUCCCCCGCUUUCAACUACAGCCUCAUAUCCCUCUACCCUCCUCCGAACAUCCCCGUGAUCCUCGGGUCACUCUUGGAACCAGAUACACUUGGGCAAGUGCUCUUGGCUCUCGAAGAAGGUGUUCAAUCGGAAAACGGCGAGGAUAAGGAGAGGGUGAAGAUGGUGUUGGAGGGUUUGAAGACGACAAAGAGGUGGGGGAUUAACGUGGCUAUGCUUAGUAGGAGGGAGAAGGAGGCUGGGGAAGGGGCUUGGAGGGGGUGUGGGGGUGAAGGUAAGUGGGCUUGA